AUGACGAAGGAGAUGUGUGAUCAGACAUACUGUGACCUGUUGAUGUACAUGGUCCGCUCCACCGACAACAACCCAAAGUGCGGGCAAGUUGGCCAGAAUUUUUGUGGUAUCGCCCAGUCCUACAACCUCACCCCGGAACAAUUGGGCCAGAACAAGAAUGCGACACUUUUGCCUGAAGCCGAGCCCACCGAGGCCGAAUCGCCAUAUAUU